AUGGCUUCUAAGCCUUCAUCAAAGGUCAACCAUAUUCCCGCCGAUGAGCCGAAGAGGCAAGCCCACAAUGCAGAAGCCAGCGCCGCCACGGCGCUAGAGCACGAGCUUACCUUUCGCGAUGCCGUGCGUCUCUACCCCAAAGCCAUUGGCUUCUCACUGCUGUUCUCCAUGGCGAUUAUCAUGGAAGGCUACGACAUGGCUCUCAUUGGCUCGUUUUACGGAUAUGAAUCGUUCCGCAACAAGUAUGGCAACCAACCAGAUCCCGAUGGCGGCAUGGUUAUCUCUGCGGAUUGGCAGACGUACAUCCAAGUCGGCGGUAUGUGCGGGCAGAUCUUCGGGCUGUAUCUCAAUGGCUGGGUGUCUGAUGCCAUUGGAUACAAGAAGACUAUGAUACUGGCGCAGAUCAUCAUGGUCGCUUUCACAUUUAUCGUGUUCUUUGCGAAGAAUAUCGAGAUGAUCCUUGCGGGACAGAUUCUGAUGGGCAUUCCAUGGGGUGUCUUUCAGACCUUGACGUUGGCAUAUGCAUCUGACAUCGCUCCCGUGGUUCUCAGGCCUUAUCUCACGGCAUAUGUGAAUCUCUGCUGGGUUAUCGGGCAGUUGAUAUCAGCCGGGGUCCUUCGCGGAUUUCUCAAUCUCGAUAAUCAGUGGUCGUAUCGCGUUCCAUUUGCGUUGCAAUGGAUGUGGCCACCGUUCAUCAUCCUCGGCACCAUCUUUGCGCCAGAAUCGCCUUGGUGGUUGGUUCGCAUGGGCCGCCACGAAGAUGCAAAGAAGGCCAUUCUGGGCCUCGUCACGCCUCAGCCGGAUCUCAAGUUCGAUGCUGAUGCACAAGUCUCAAUGAUCCACGAGACAAAUGAGCUUGAAAAGGCUACAUCUGCAGGCACUAACUAUUGGCACUGCUUCAUGAGAGCUGACUUGAGAAGGACUGAGAUUGCGUCCAUCACAUACGUCGCGCAAGCCAUGUGCGGCAGCGUUCUCAUGGGGUAUUCAGUCCAAUUCUAUGAGCGUGCAGGACUCUCGUCAAACAGCGCGUUUACCCUCAACAUCGUACAGUAUUCUGUAGGCGCAAUCGGCGUCAUACUUUCAUGGUUCCUUAUGGCGAGAUAUGGACGGCGCGCGCUAGAUUCCAUCAACACGAUUGAAGGCGAAAACGAUUGUAUUGGCGCGCAACUUUAA